AUGCCUAGAAUAUCUCCAGCAAUCAUGGCGAGAGCCAGAAAUGGGGAGGCAACAGCGUUCACGGAGAUGUUUUCCUUAAUCAACACCGACAGCUACACUCCCGAGAUACUCGAGGUCGCACUCUCCCAUCUACGGCGGGAUGUGGCACCCAGUCGAGUUUCAGGAUCCCGCCGGGUGGAUACGCUCAUCUCUCGCGCGCUCGGUUGCGUCAGUCAAUGCUUGCUGUUCUGUCGCGCCACGCCAUUUGAAGACAAGUCGGUUGACUUGCUGAUGGACGACCUGGAGGCCAUAACUCACUGGCUCACCGUCUGCUUCCUCGAGUGCUCUGAAUCUUCCUACAAUCAAAUGCAGGUCUUCAUGGGCUCAAACAUGCUAUAUGCCCUCACAUCCCUCAAUGAACGACUCGGAACGGGCGUAUUUGGCUCCCCCAGCGGGCUCCGUUAUCUUCACCUACUUUGGACUUCACGGGAUCACAAAGGACAACCGUUCUCUGAGGUGCAUAAUCCCAUCAAGUGCUCCAUAUUGGCCUCGAUGCAACUAUGCAUCAGUAACCCCAUGUGGCGGGACUUCUUCGUCGAUUUCAUUCUUUCCUCUCCCACAAUUCUCGCCCAAUUCUGCGAAUGUCUCCGCCAACGCGUCGCUCAGGUGGUCCAGCUGCAGCGUGUAGGAGGGGUAUCAGCAUCUUCAUUGUGCGGACACACACUGGGUCUUUUCCAGCUGGCAUCCUGGCUGGGAGAGAAUUCGGUAAUCCUGAAGCGUCUCCAAGCUUCGGAGUACCUUCGCUAUGGGGUUGAAGCUACGACAGAGCUGAGCCGACUUCCACAGGUCCAGCUAAAAGAUAAGGUCUUACUUUUAGCCCAAGUCGGCGCUUUCUUCCCGCUUCUCCCCGGAUCGAGCCCAUCCGCACUCGCGCCGAUUCUACCAAAACUUCUGGACAUUCUUGCGCGCAUUAUUCCACAAGCGAGCAAGGACCCGUUCGGCCGACACACCGUAUCCGGUCUUGCCCUAGGAUGGAGAGGCAUUCUAGGAUAUCUCCGAGUUAACAAGGCGUUUAAAGAGGCCAUGGAUCAAAUCCCUCCACGCAUUUUGAGCUCCUCGUUAAAGCUCGCAAGCCCGAUACGAGACUGGUCCAACCUUCUUCAAGAUAUUCAAUUUCAGCACUCAUGUAUGGUGGAUUUCUCGGAGGAUCCCAUUUCGCUGUGCGAUAAUGAUCUACGCCAGUCCAAUGAAGACUUCUCCAAAGUCUUGCUCUGGAUGCCACUCGGUAGUUUACUGCACUACCGCCUGUCAAAAUCAAGACUGGAGCACUCGACACCGCGAUGA